UAACAGCAUCCAGGAGGCAGCGGCUGCACCCAGGACUCCUCUACUAGACCUGAGAGAAGAGGCAGCGGCUGCACACAGGACUCCUCUACUAGACCUGAGAGAAGAGGCUGCGGCUGCACAGAGGACUCCUCCACUAGACCUGAGAGAAGAGGCAGCGGCUGCACACCGGACUCCUCCACUAGACCUGAGAGAAGAGGCAGCGGCUGCACACCGGACUCCUCCACUAGACCUGAGAGAAGAGGCAGCGGCUGCACCCAGGACUCCUCUACCAGACCUGAGAGAAGAGGCAGCGGCUGCACACCGGACUCCUCAGCCAUGUCCCCGCCAGACAUCUGCGCCUUCUGCAAAGUGUCAGAAGAGAAUGAAAUUACAGGAGAGAUGCAGAGAACUCGGAAUGGGAAGAUAGUGGCGCACUACAACUGCAUGUUGUAUUCCCCUCGGGUCUUGUCGAUAGAGUCAGAAGAGGAUGAAGAAGAAUUUAAGUUUAAGAUUGAAUCUGUUCAAUCUGAAAUAAAGAGAGGGAAAAAACUGCGAUGUAACAUUUGUAAGAAAUCCAUAGCAACUGCCGGCUGUGACGUCAGCUCCUGCCGGAGAAGAUAUCACUAUCCAUGUGUACAAAAAGCUGACGGUUCUUCUGAUCCAAAUAGAUACGUUGUAUAUUGUAAAGACCAUAAAAGUAAGAAUACUGCUAAUGGCUCAAAGGACACGGAUGGAAAACCUAAAAAACGCACAUCGAGGUCAUCUGCCAACCAGCCUGUGAUCUGGGAAGACUGUCCUGAAGUGGGUGAUGGUUUCAAACAACGUAAAGUUAUUCGUACCUCCGGGAAAUUUAUUGGACAUGAAGACAUAUAUUAUAUGAGUCCGAAAGGAGAAACGUUCAGGAGCAAGAAAGAAUUACAAAGACAUAUGGACAAGUCUAUGGACCCAUCAUCAUCCAAGUCUAAAGACAGAAAAACACAAUCACCAGCUGAAAAGGGAGAAGGCAUGCAGACCAGGAGAAGGAUUUCACCUCCCCGUACUGCCUUAAAGGAUUCUCGAAAGUCAAAAACUCUUAUUCAUCAGAAUAAUGGAACAAGAGCAGGAGAUGCAGUGAUUGGACGUACAGAUGUCAAUGUCACUGAUGAAGCAACAGGUUCAAACACUUCUGAAAUAGAAAAAACCCCAGAGACAGAGCCCCGCCUGUAUGUACGUGUCAAUCUGCAAAGAUUACCUGCUGGAGAACAUUACACAAGUGAACCACCUGCUAGCCCUCAAGGAGCUCCUUCUACACAGUUGAAUGCUGUUCCACAGAUAUCCAGUCAGCAAUAUGAGGAUUCUAGAAGAUGCAGUUUAAGCAGUGACAAGGCUGUGUCUAAAAGAAAACAUCGGACCUCUGGAAACUGCAGUGAACCUUUACCUGACGAUUAUGAGGGCAUACUAUGUAGAGAUUGCCUUCAGGAGGAAUCAGUGAAAACUGUCGAGACCCAGCAGAAUUCUUGUCUGGAUCAAUGCCCAAUCAAUACUGGAUCAAUACAGAAAUUGACUGACCAGGGGAAGAGCCAUGAUGUUCCCCCGAGGAAGCGGCCAUACACCUUGCAAGAUCAAGAUGUAACAGAUCUUCCAGCUUCUAUAGAUAGUCUGGAUGAUUUGCAGGAGGAAGGAGAAGGUAAUGGUGGUAACUCGGAUGAUAUAUUUGGCUGGCAUGGAAUUGACACCCCAUCAGCAGGCAACACAUACUCACCUCAGGCAACACCUGAUCAGACCUCCGAACCAGCAACUUCCAGUAUGGUCCCAAUCAAUGCACAAGCAGGAACCUGUAAUUGCAACGAUGUUGACACUGCUCCUGGACCAAACAACAAUUCUCAAGUCCUGCAAAAUUUGAACAGGAGUGCACAUGUAGAUCCAGAAGAAAGCUUCCUACAAAGCCUAGUCCCAUAUCUUCACAAGAUCCCAAUCACAUGUCGGCUGAAGGUGAAAGGGGCCAUUAUUGCUAUGUUGCAGGCUGCAAUGUCUCAAAAUGACUCACAAAGCAUUUUUCAUGCAAUUAACCUGUGGCAACUGAAGAAUGAGGGCCCAGCAGAUGUUGGGGCUCCGUAACUAACACCUGUAAGUCCAGGGGCACCACAGUACCAACACAUGACUUAUGUGUUGUCCCAAUACAGCCAGAAUAGUAUAAAUACUUUAGGCAAGCAUAUUACAGCCAUUCUACCACAGGCCAUCAUAUCUGAGGCAAAUGACACACAUCUACAGCCAGGUUCACAUCACCGUUUAGCUUUCCGUUCUUCUGAUCCGUCAGAAGAAUAGAAAAAUAAAAAAAAGUAUCCUUAAGGCCUCGUUCACAUAUCCGUUUCUGUGAUCUGUCUGCCAGAUCCAGCACAAAUGCUGGAUGCUGGCAGGGCAAAAAAAAAAAAACGGUGCACGCAGUGUUUUUUGUCCGGCUGAAACCUGGCAUUUAUGACGGAUAUCGGCCGCAUCAGUGCCGGACUCCAUUGCAGUCAAUUGGGAUCCAGCGGUGAAGUAGAACAAUGGAACAGCCUGCCGGAUCUGAGAACUGAGAUAUGAACGAGUCUUAUUUUGAGCAUCAGUUGUGCUCAGUUACGAUUAGGUUGCACUUAAAAUAACUGAUCUGUCUUUUUUUGAGCAUCAGUUAUUAUCAGUUUGUGUCAGUUCUGUGAGAGCUUAGUUUUUUUGACAGUUGAAAAAGUACUGCAUGCUGGACUUUUUCUCCCAUCAAAAAUAGCUGAUCUCUGACAGAACUGAUGCAAACUGAUCAUAACUGAUGCUUAAAGAAACGAGAUCCGUGUUUUUUUCCCCGUUCUGACACAUCAGAAGAAUGGAAAGCUAAACGGUGAUGUGAAAACAACCUACCUUGGACAUCGGGGACCUGAGCCAGUGGUUUACAUCAAGAUGAUUGUCAGGAUAUUUGCCAGAUUGCGGCCAGAUCUCUGCUGGUCACCAUUAUAGUUAAUGGGGCCGGAAGGAGAUUUUUAAGCUUCCGGCAAUGCCAGAAUGCAGAGAGAUCUGGCAGGCUGUUCCCUGCUGUACAGCCUGCCGGAUUACUAGCGCUAUUCUGAAGCUAGCCUUAAUGUUUUUUUGUUUGCUUUUUAUAUUCAUUCCCGAUUCUCAGGAAAUGUAAAGAGAAUCUGACAGUACAUACCAGUUAAUGAAGCCAACCGACUUUGUACAUGUGCUCUUUCAUCCUGAAUACAGUUUUCUUUCUCCCAUCCUGAUCCAUGGUCCCGAUUUUGAGAACAGGGGACAUUUAUUAAAGGCUUUGUACACCUUUGGGGGCAAUUGUUAUUUUUUGCUCAUUUUUUCUGUUGGUCUUGAUUAAAAAUAUGGAGUCCGUUUCUCUGUACAGAGCUGAGAUGCUCUACUAGCAGGAUCUGAAUUUUCUCUCUGCUCUCAGACAGGGAGCUGAGGGGCGCCUCAUCUCUGCAAUGAGACCUUAUAAACACUCAUCAAAGCUCAAUCCUUAGGGAUGAGCAAACUUUUAAAGUUAGGGAUCGGCUAUAUGGUGGACCAUAACACAAUUCAAGAACAGAACGGAAACUGGAUGGAUCCAUUAUGCUGACCAUAGACUUUUAUUAUGACAGAAUGCAUAACAGAAUAUCUCUAAAGGCAUUCCGUCCUUGAAUUGCGUUAUGGUCUGUGGUAACGGAAUCCAUAACGCUUUCACCAUAUUCCUGAACUCGAACUUCAAAAACUGAAGUUCGCUCAUCCAUAUUUAUGACCACUUAGUAAUUUAGCGAUAAGGGUUAUUAGAUGACCGGCACAAAGUGAAAGUAGGAUGCCCACAGCUAGAAAAACAGUUAACCCUUUGUGACAGAACGGGUCAAUCAUUUUAAUAAAGACCAAUUGAAAAAAAUUAUUUUUAGCCCCAAAUGAGUAAAAAUUGUCCCCAAUGGUGUACAUAGUCUUUAAGCUAAUUAUGCCACUAUUAUAAAAAAAAAAAAAAAAAGUUGCACAUUAUGAUGCAUGCCACGAGUGCACCCUAAUUUCUUACUUUUUGAGCUUCUCUGCACUUUUCUGAAGUACGGCAAAAAGGGGUGGUGCUUCACACCACCCUUCGCAUUUACUAUAACUUUCGCCAAAAAGUGGCAGAAGCUAUAGCUGAAGUCUGUGCCAGCCUGUAGCUGGUGUAGACUUCAGUUUCUGGAUCACGGCAGGGCAGAGAUGCACCCGAUUUGUUAAGAGGUGUAUGCAUAGUCAAAAAUUAGGAUCAUUUCACACCAGUGCAGGGAGAUAAAGACUGGCAUAUGGAUACUCCAGUUUUGAUAAAUGUCCCUCAUGGUGUUUUUAUGUGCUAUUGAGCUCUUUGGUGCAAAAAGGGCUUUGCCGUUGCACCCAGAGGCUCUGGUCAUUCUCACUGCUGCCUGCGUUCCCAGAAUUUUGACUGACAGGUCCAGGCAGUGUAGAUGUAAUUGCAUCUGGCUCAGAAGUCACGUGACAUCGCGUUCAGCGUUGUGACAAUACAUUUCUGGAGAUCUCCGGGCAGAUCUCCAGCUCUGUACUGUGAAAAAACAUAAUCUUAUACAUUGAAAUUGUUAGCGCUUGUGAUAAGGACAAUAAUCAUAUAUAGCUUUUCUAAUAAUCAGUUGGCAAUAUUAUACUCUGUGCAAGUGUGUGAAUGUAACUUUAGCCUACUGAACACCUUCCUUAGGGCUCGUUCACACUACUGUUGGUGUCCCGUUCCCAUAUUGCGGAUCCGCAAUACACGGGCUCCGUUCCAUUGUCAUUCUGCAUUACGGAUGCGGACCUAUUCAUUUCAGUGGGUCUGCAAAUCCAGAGAUGCGGAACGGAAGCACGGAACUGAACACUACGGAAGCACUACGGAGUGCUUUAUGGAGUUCCGUUCCGUGC